AUGGAGUAAAUUAUCUUCAGGACAGAACAAGUAUCAGACUCUCCAGAAACAUGUUAUGGACAAUAUUCUUACUACUCAAUGGAUUGCUUAUACUAGUUCUACUUUACUCCACUCGCACAAGGAAAAAAAAUGAGCCACCUCUGGACAAAGGUUUAAUUCCAUGGCUGGGUCACGCUCUUGUGUUUGGAAAAGAUGCUGCAAAGUUUUUGGCCAAGAUGAAAGAAAAACAUGGGGAUAUAUUCACGGUCUGUGUUGCUGGGCAUUACGUGACGGUGCUGUUGGACGCAAACUCUUUCGAUGCCGUGCUGAAUGACACAGUCUGCUUGGACCUCACUCGCAGCAGAAACCAGCUCCUAAAAAGGAUCUUCAGUCUGCAGCUGCCGAGCAUGAAACCUGCAGCAGAGAGGAAAUGGAUGGAAACGCAUUUUCAAGGCCUCCAUCUUUUCAAACUCAGCAGUUCCAUGAACACUCAUCUACAGAACCUGCUGCUGAGUGACCAGAAAGGAUGCAGCCCUUCAGAGUGGAGACAGGAUGGACUCUUUAGCCUUUGUUACAGCCUGCUCUUCAGGGCUGGUUAUCUUACAUUGUUUGAGAGGAAAGACAACACUUCUACAGUCUACAAAGAGUUCCGCCAGUUUGACAGUCUUCUCACCAAAUUAGCUCGCUGCUCACUCAAACGAGGGGAAAGCAAAAUAGCCAACUUAUCCCGGGAGCGACUGUGGGAACUGCUGUCGCCAGACUGGGAGAGCAAAGAGUCAGAGUCAAACUCCUGGCAGCAGAGCUACCGUCAUUUCCUGCAAGAGGAGGGAGUGGAUGCAGAAAUGCAGAAAAGAGCUUUACUCUUGCAGCUGUGGACUACACAGUGUAAUGCUGGACCUGCUGCCUUUUGGCUCCUUGGCUUCCUGCUCACUCACCCUGAGGCCAUGGAGGCUGUUAAAUCAGAGAUCAGACGCCUUACUCUCCAGGACACUUCCCUACAGCAUCCCCCCAUCAACCCACUAGAAGCACACAGCACACCUGUGCUUGAUAGCGUUCUGAGUGAGACCCUACGGCUCACCGCUGCUGUAAUGAUCAGCAGAGAGGUGGUGCAGGAAAAGAUCCUGCACAUGGCCAGCGGACGAGAGUACCACCUCCGACGGGGGGACAAAGUGUGUCUUUUCCCUUUUCUCAGCCCUCAAAUGGACCCACAGAUACACCAAGAACCACAGAUUUUCAAGUAUGAUCGCUUCUUAAAUGAAGAUAUGACAGUGAAGGAUAAAUUCUACAAGGAUGGGAAAAGGCUGAAGUAUCACACCAUGCCCUGGGGUGCAGGGAGAAACAUGUGUGUUGGGAGAGAGUUUGCGGUUAAAGCCAUUAAACAAUUUGUGUUCUUGCUCUUGACCCAUCUCGAUCUGGAGAUGUGCGACCCGGAGGCAAAGCUACCACCAGUUAAUCCUUGUCGCUACAGCUUUGGGAUGCUCCAGCCGGAUGGAGAUCUGCAGGUCCGAUACAGACUGAAGAGGACACAGCAUGAAAUCUAACUUGAUAACUUGAUUAACUGUAAAAAGAAAUUUUGUUUGAUAAACCUUUUAAUCGUAUGUACUUUUGCACUAUUUAUUCUAUGUUAUAUUUACUCAGU